CCCUCAAAACUCUGGGAAAGUUAGUCCCCCAAAUUCUCCUCCCCACUUUUUGAGGCUGGGGAGAGGGAUAUAGGGCUUGGAGGUAGGAAAAUAACUGGAUACCUCGUGAGUUGGAUUUUUUUUUUUCCUGGUAGUGGUGAGGCGGUGUUAAAUGCAAGGCAUUUUGUGAGAGAAGGACUUUGUUGUUUUUGUUCCAAGGCCUUCCUAGUCUAAGUGGUGUGUUCAGACUUUUUGCUAGCUCUAAGAUGGCUUCAGAAGUCCCAUCUCUGUAACUUCCUUUGCUCGCCUGCUCUUUUGGGGCAGGUUGGUUUCUGGGAAUCGUGUUGGAAGGUUUACUCCUGUAGAGUUGUAGGUUUCCCACUGAAAUUCCUGCUCAACUGUUCAUCCCAAACAUGUUUUUGUGUAACGAGGACAGUCUGGAUGACUGCCCAUACUCAGGCUUUGUGAGAUUUAUUUUAAAUGAGUGAUAUGCUUCCCAGGGGAUGGAAAACUCUAUAAAUGGGAAUUAUGUUCUUAAUCAUAAAUUUUAUGGGGAAAACUGACCCUAAAACUUGGGGUGUCUGUAAUUCUAUGCCCAAUAAAGCAUCAGUCUGGAGGUUUGUAAACCCUAGGAGCACAUGUUGGUUUUUUGUGUGAGCCCCAAAGGCUAAAAAACUUAGAAGGUCUUAGUCCAGAAACUUAUGGUGGUACCCAGUACUAUAAAUGCUAGUGAUUUAGUAUGGUUAAAUUUAUUGUAUUACUUCUGCAAUGAAAUGGUAAUGAGCAGUAGCAUGUUUUGUCAGUGAUGUGUGUACUGGUUUGUUGGGCGGGAUGUUUGCUUUCUAGGAAAUAGCAUUGCAUUAAAACACCAGAGAACUUUCCAAGCGUUCUCUUGAAGAACACAAACCUUGCUGUGCUAAACAGCCAUUUCAGUUUUUAAGUCGUGCCCUUGAGCAAGGCCUCCUAUUGGGUUUGGAUUGUUUUGUAUAGUCCUGGCUCAGAGGGAAAACGUGUUUUUCUAAGAUGAGGAUUUAGCAUCAAAAGGAAUUUCGUCCAGUGCCUUUGAAUGAUUGUCCUUUUCCACUAAGUUUCUAUAUUAGGCGGUUCAUUGUGCUGUGUGAGAUACCAAAAGAUAUCAAAAGGUUUUCCAGAAAAGUCACCUUAGCGAGAACCUCUACUUUCUAAACCAUAGUGCUCCCAGGUUGACAGACGAAGGGACCAGCAGUGCAGUUGUAAUACCGCACCCUAGAAGAACCUUUGGGACUUACUGUUCGACCUGCUGUCCUGUCCUGUCCUUCCUUCUUCGGAGGAAACUUUCCUUGCUGGCCCUCUUGCCACAAUUAUAACCACACUCCAGGUGUCAGGUCUUCUUCCAUAGCUGACUGUGGUGGUGUAGUCCCUUUAUGAAAUGAUUUGUUCUGGCAUGUGUAUCACUGUGAUGAGAGGAUCAGUAGCCCUGAAUCACAUUUACUUUUCCCUAUCAUGUGUUCACCCAAUUCUUGACAGUACCAUGGGAAUCCUUUGAAUGGUGUCUUUGUGUUUUGGCAAUACCUAGGUGGAUCUGUCAAGAAGUCAACCAACCAGGAGAGGGAGGGGAGGGGCUGAGCUGUGAGGAGUGGGCCCAAGAACCAUGUCUACGCGGGAGUCCUUUAACCCGGAGAGUUAUGAGUUGGACAAGAGCUUCCGGCUAACCAGAUUCACCGAGCUGAAGGGCACAGGCUGCAAGGUGCCCCAAGAUGUCCUGCAGAAAUUGCUGGAACCCUUGCAAGAGAACCACUUCCAAGAAGAUGAGCAGUUUCUGGGAGCCGUUAUGCCAAGGCUUGGGAUUGGAAUGGAUACUUGCGUCAUUCCUCUGAGGCACGGUGGUCUUUCCUUGGUUCAAACCACGGAUUAUAUUUAUCCUAUUGUAGACGACCCCUACAUGAUGGGCAGGAUAGCAUGUGCCAAUGUCCUCAGUGACCUCUACGCCAUGGGGGUCACAGAAUGUGACAAUAUGCUGAUGCUCCUUGGAGUCAGUAAUAAAAUGACCGACAGGGAAAGGGAUAAAGUGAUGCCCCUGAUUAUACAGGGUUUUAAAGACGCAGCAGAGGAAGCAGGAACCUCUGUAACAGGAGGCCAAACAGUAUUGAACCCCUGGAUUGUUCUGGGAGGAGUUGCUACAACUGUCUGCCAGCCAAAUGAAUUUAUCAUGCCUGAUAACGCAGUGCCAGGGGACGUGCUGGUGUUGACGAAACCCCUGGGGACACAAGUGGCUGUCGCUGUGCACCAGUGGCUGGAUAUUCCUGAAAAAUGGAAUAAAAUUAAACUAGUGGUCACCCAAGAAGAUGUGGAGUUGGCCUACCAGGAAGCGAUGAUGAACAUGGCGAGACUCAACAGGACAGCUGCAGGACUCAUGCACACGUUCAAUGCCCACGCGGCCACUGACAUCACAGGCUUUGGGAUCCUGGGCCACGCGCAGAACCUGGCCAAGCAGCAGAGGAACGAGGUGUCGUUUGUGAUUCACAACCUUCCCGUGCUGGCCAAGAUGGCUGCGGUGAGCAAGGCCUGCGGGAACAUGUUUGGCCUCAUGCACGGGACCUGCCCGGAGACGUCAGGAGGCCUUCUGAUCUGUUUACCACGAGAGCAAGCAGCUCGGUUCUGUGCAGAGAUAAAGUCCCCCAAAUACGGCGAAGGUCACCAAGCAUGGAUUAUUGGGAUUGUAGAGAAGGGCAACCGCACAGCCAGGAUCAUAGACAAACCCCGGAUCAUCGAAGUCGCACCACAAGUGGCCACUCAAAAUGUGAAUCCCACACCCGGGGCGACCUCUUAAUCUAGACAGAAAUAGCUGUUUGAUUUUGUUUUUAAAUAGAUCUAUUUCCUUUAUCAUCACUUCAAUUAAAGACUAUAAACAACAAAAAUCUCAUUGUGUCUACACAUCUGGUGACCUUAGGUCGAUUUGUGAGUGGAUACAAUUAAUAAAAUAAAAUCCAUUGCCUUUUUUUCCUGUUACAUUAACUGAAGAUGCACCUAAUCUUGAGGCAGCUUCUGAGUUGAGAAUUAUAUUGUUAUCCAAUACUGUUGAUUCAUUUUGAAUCUUUAGACACUUAUCUCUUGCCGCAUAGGCUCUUUUUAAAGGUGCUUUCACAUAGCACAGACAUUACCAAUAGUAGUGUCAAAUAGCAGUUUGUGUCUUUUCAUUUUAUGUGUAUUUAUCAUAUAAGUCUGAUCUUUUUUUUUAAGUGUCUUGAAUGGUGUUCUGGAAAGACAGCAUUGGUAAGUGGCACACGACGGUAUCCCAGUAGUGAGAGGGUUGCAUGAUUCCUUUGAGUCUUUGAUUUGUAAAGCCUGGUCUUGGCAUUCAAGAGCAUCUCGGACCCAGGACAUUGUCCAGUAGUGCAUUCAGUUCCACAAGGCAAGUGCUUCACUCUGCAUGGAAAGCACUUCGAAGACAAAAAAGAAAUCGGAUUUCUUUUUUUUUUUGUAGCCUUCCUGAUAUUUACAGUAAUACCAUUAACUGUUUUCUUUGAUAGCAAAAAAAAGGAUACUUUUUGCAAUGAUACUAUACUGUUCUACAGUGCAAGAAGCAAUGGCCUUCCAAAAGGGGGGUCAUGUAUAGUACUCAUUUACAAUUCAAUAUAUAAUUACGCAAAUAAUUUUUAAAUAUAAUCAAUAAUAAAGACUGUUCUGUGGAUGGUAGUGUUUAAUACAUUUUAUAUUUUGUAUAGUGAUUUCAGGCCUUUUGUUUUCUUAAAAUCAGCAGCUAUUUAGCCUAAUUCUUAGCAUUAUUUUGUCCUUUGCGCAGUAUUUUUUUGUGCACGCUUUUUGUGAUCUGUAUUAAAAAUCUGCAUUGCCAACAUUGCAGCUUGAACUUAAAACUUGUUAUUCAAAAUAAAUAUUUAAUUUUUUUAAUUGCUCUUGUAUAAUCAGAUGCCCCUUUUAGUAUUAUUUUAGAAGCAUUGGGAGGAUUUUUGGCUAAAGUACAAUUUAUCGGGGAAAACUAGAUUUUAGUUUUAUAAAACUUUCAAGUCUUUCAUGGGACCUAUAUUUUCUUGAAUUAAAUUUUGUAGUUCUAGAAUAAAUAGGCAACCUAAAAAGGUGUUAUCUGUGUUACGUAAAACCAGAGGCUUUCUUAUAUUUUAACCUACUAAACAGUCAUGAGGGAUUCCUGUCACUAAGCACAAGGGCACCGAGUCCUCAAGUGUCUUGUCUUCGUAAGAGAAAACCACGUCUUUCAAGUUUCCGGAUGCUUCCUGCUUGCAGGCACCAAAGCCGCGCGUGUAGACUGAUCCACUUCUUGCCAAAGGAAACCACCGCUGGAAAGACGAAGCUCCCUGGAAGAGGCUUCAGCAUGGAUGCCCCUCCGCCCUCAGGAACCAUUGAGCAGCCUUUAUGCAUGUGCAGCUGGACCUUGGGCCGCAAGCAUGGUGUGCAGUACAGAAGAGGCUGCUGCAGAACUGAAACUAACUGGACAUUUUAUAGGAAUUUAUAUGGAUGUUGGUCCUCAAAAGCUACAAACUAGUGGUCUGCAAAAUAAAAUAUGUUGGAAACCUCUGAGUAAGAUAA